AUGGCCAACUAUCUGGCGCAGUUCCAGACCAUUAAGUCCUCCUCGGACCGCAUCGUCAUCGCCGUUGAGGAUGUGAGUGACUUGUGGCUCAACGUCAAAGAUAGUUUUGAGCAACGCUUGCCAGUCAAGAAAGCCUGUCUCAAUAACAAGGCGAGGAACCCCGUUUUAGUGGAAAACCUACCAGCUGAGUUUAUACAGACAACUGAUUCAAGGCUGCGUAGUCGAUUUCCGCAAGAACAAUACUUGUUUUGGUUUCGCGAACCAUAUGCUACUGUUGUUCUUGUUACUUGCGAGGAUCUUGAUGAGUUCAAGACCAUUCUUAAGCCCCGCCUCAAAUUAAUUGUGCAAAAUGAUGAGAGAGAAUGGUUCAUUGUAUUUGUGUCGAAGGCCCAUCCUAGCAAUGAUCAAGCAACUAAGAUGGCAAAGAAAGUAUACGCUAGGCUUGAGGCCGAUUUCAACACUAAAAAGAGAGAAAGGUGCUGCAAAUUUGAUCUUCAUGGACCUGAUGAUGAAUUCUGGGACGAUUUUGACUCGAAAAUGGUGGACUGCAUAAGAAACACAUUGGAUAGAAGGGUUCAGUUCUAUGAAGAGGAAAACCGCAGGUUAAGUGAGCAGCGAUUCACACCAGUAUGGAACUUCUGCAACUUUUUUAUUCUGAAGGAAAGCUUGGCAUUUAUGUUUGAGGUGACUAAUCUUCAUGAAGAUUCACUCCGUGAAUAUGAUGAGCUUGAACUAUGCUAUUCAGAAUCAGUAAAUCUCCCAGCGAAACCUCGAGAAUUUGGAGGACUGGAUACUGGUGAUGAUCAGGCUGCGCUGCUAAAUCCAGGGUUCAAAGCGUUGACCCAGAUUGUUCAGGAUGACGUGUUCAGGGAAUUUGAGUUUAGGCAAUACAUAUUUGCUUGCCAGGCCAAGUUAUUAUUUAAACUGUCUCGACCAGUUGAGGUUGCUGCAAGAGGAUAUGCUUUUGUUGUCAGCUUUUCCAAGACGCUAGCCGUGCAUGAGAAUGCACUACCCUUUUGUUUUCGCGAAGUAUGGGUGAUAACUGCUUGUUUGGGUUUAAUUAAAUCCACAAGUACACAAUAUGAUGGUGGAGUUGUUGCUAUUGAUUCAGAGAAGGAGUUCUAUCGUCUUCAGGGUGACCUUUAUUCUCUCUGUCGUGCUAAGUUUAUGAGGCUUGCUUAUUUGAUUGGUUAUGGGGUUGAAAUAGAAAAAAGUCCAGUCAACAGUGCCUCAUUAAGCAUGCUAUCUUGGCCAAAGCCAGCUACUUGGCCUUUGAUUCCACCUGAUUCGUCGGCAGAAGUAAUGGCAAAGGAGAAGACAAUUCUUCAAGCAAAAGCAAGAGAAAAGCUCUUUGACAUUCAGAGGAAACCACUGCCAUUGGAACCUUCUUCUCUUCUACGUGAAGCUAAUAGGCGUAGAGCUUUUCUUUCAGUUGGAAAUUUGUCUGAAUUAUAUGAUUCAGUUGAUGGUUCAGGUUUAGGUGCACAUUCAAAACUUUCUCCCAACAAAUCUUCUUCUAACUUGAUGACAAGAACUAUGUCUGGGCCAGCAACCUCUGAGACUUCUCUACCAGUUGAUCGGCCCAUGAGGUUGUCAGAAAUUCAUGUUGCUGCUGAGCAUGCAUUGAAACAGACGAUAUCUGAUCCUGAUUUUAUGACGUCACUUUCAUCACCAGAAGAAUUUGAGAGUAGAUAUAUGGAGCUUACUAAAGGCGCAGCUGACAAUUAUCACCGCUCUUGGUGGAAAAGACAUGGAGUUGUGCUUGAUGGAGAGAUUGCAGCUAUAUUUUUUAAGCAUGGGAAUUACGACCUGGCUGCAAAAUCCUAUGAGAAAGUGUGUGCUCUCUAUUCUGCAGAAGGCUGGGAAGAACUGUUGGCAGAUGUUCUUCCUGAUCUUGCAGAAUGCCAGAAGAUUCUUAAUGACGAAGCUGGUUAUCUGGCUUCCUGUGUGAAGUUACUUUCUCUUGAGAGUAGCUUGUUUUCAUCUAAAGAGCUGCAGGCUUUCCAGUCAGAGGUUGUUCGGCUUGCUCACAGUGAAAUGAGGCAUCCUGUACCCCUUGAUGUUUCAUCAUUAAUUACAUUCGCUGGAAAUCCUGCUCCGCCAUUAGAAUUAUGUGAUGGUGAUCCUGGUACACUAUCUGUAGCAGUUUGGAGUGGCUUCCCAGAUGACAUAACACUUGAGUCUCUAAGUUUAAGAUUGUCAGCUUUCUCUAGCGCAGAUGAAGGUCUUAAGGCAAUAAGGAGUACAGAUGCACGUGUUCUUGUACCUGGUAGAAAUAUUAUCACCUUCGACAUUCCUCCUCAAAAGCCAGGUUCCUAUGUGUUGGGCGCUCUCACUGGACAGAUUGGCAAGCUGUCAUUCAGAUCACAUGGAUUUUCUCAAGAUGGUCCAGUGGACACUGAUGAAUUCAUGAGCUUUGAGAAGCCAACAAGACCUGUUUUGAAGGUGAGAAAACCGAGAGCUUUGGUUGAUAUUACUCCUGCUGUAUCAUCUGCGUUGCUUAUGAAUGAACUCCAGUGGAUCGGGCUGAUUGUCAAGCCUAUAGACUAUUCUUUGAAAGGUGGCAUACUGCAUAUAGAUGCCGGUGCUGAACUAAAAAUCGAGGAGUCUCAGAUGAUUGAGAUAGAAAGUUACAGAAGCGACGGGGAGCACUCUAGUCCUAUUGAUGCUUCCAAGGCAUUAUCAAGGCCCACUGAUACUGGAAGUGUUGAGAAGGUUCCUAUCGAAAAUGGGAAGAUAAAACUGCCAGAUUGGGCUAGUGACGUGACAACUCUUGUUUGGUUCCCUGUUCGUGCUAUCGACGAUACAAUCCCAAAGGGAACAUCCCCAGCAUCCCCUCAGAAACAUAGCAUAGUAGAUGGGAUGAGAAUGAUUGCUCUCAAGCUUGAAUUUGGAGCUUUCCAUAAUCAAAUAUUUGAAAGGACCAUUGCCGUACAUUUCACUAAUCCAUUCCAUGUGAGCACACGUGUUGUUGACAAGUGCAAUGAUGGAACUCUACUUCUGCAGGUAAUAUUGCAUUCUGAAGUGAAGGCUACUCUGCAUGUAAAGGAUGUAUCAUUGGACCUACAAGCUGGAUUUGAGCACCUAGGCAAGGGAGAUGGACGUCCGACUUCGAGUUUGUUCCCUCUGGUUAUUGCUCCUUCUUCCAAAGCUGGAAUCUUGUUUGUGAUACGUUUAAGUGGCACAAAAGACCUAGAUGAGCUGGAACAGGCUGACAGCAUGUUGCAUAUUAAAUACGGGAUAUCCGGUGACCGAGCAACCGGAGCACACUCUCCAGUUCCUGUUAAACCUGAUGAUUCUGAAGAGCUUCUAUUCAAGAUUUCACUCAAACUGAAGCGCCCUGUUCUAGAUCCAUGCCUGGCAGUUGGAUUCCUUCCGUUUUCUACUGAUUGCCUGAGGGUUGGUCAAUUAGUCAACAUGAAAUGGCGGGUUGAAAGGCUGAAGGACCUGGAGGAGGCAUCUCUGUCUGAUGAUGAAAUACUUUAUCAGGUGGACGCUAAUCCACAGAACUGGAUGGUUGCUGGGAGGAAAAGCGGUCACAUUUCAUUCUCAGAAACACAAGGAUCAAGGAUCGAGAUCGCCGUGACAUGUGUCCCGCUGGUGUCGGGGUAUGUACACCCGCCCCAGCUAGGCCUGCCCGACGUAGGCGAUGCGAAUAUCAGCUGCAAUCCGGCAGGUCCCCACCUGGUUUGUCACUGCUACUCACUAGACGGUUUGUUUUCGAGGAAAGUCGAAUGA